GUGUAAUGAAUAAGAUUGGCCAAGCCCUAAAUACGAGACUUUUAGAUUGUCAUAUGUUCGUUUUAUUUUAAUGGAAUGUAUAAAAAUUAAUAAAAUUUAAUUAUUUGAUAUUUGAUAGUUUAAUUUAUUUAAGGUAAAAAUGCAGACAAUUAAAUGUGUUGUCGUUGGAGAUGGUGCUGUUGGUAAAACAUGUUUACUUAUCAGUUAUACCACAAAUAAAUUUCCAUCGGAGUAUGUGCCGACAGUAUUCGAUAAUUAUGCCGUUACGGUUAUGAUCGGCGGUGAACCAUAUACUUUAGGAUUAUUUGAUACUGCAGGACAGGAAGAUUAUGACAGACUUCGACCAUUAAGUUAUCCACAAACAGAUGUCUUCCUCGUAUGUUUUUCCGUUGUUAGUCCGUCAUCAUUUGAAAAUGUAAAAGAAAAGUGGGUACCAGAAAUAACGCAUCAUUGUCAAAAGACACCAUUUUUAUUAGUUGGAACACAAAUUGAUUUACGUGACGAUGGUGCUGUUAUCGAAAAAUUGGCAAAAAAUAAACAAAAACCUAUCACAUUCGAACAAGGUGAAAAAUUAGCAAGAGAAUUACGAGCUGUUAAAUAUGUUGAAUGCUCUGCUUUAACUCAAAAAGGAUUAAAAAAUGUAUUUGAUGAAGCAAUAUUAGCUGCAUUGGAACCACCAGAACCAGUAAAACGUAGGAAGUGUGUGCUUUUGUAAUUAUAGGUUUGGCAUGUGCGCGUGCGUGGCAAGGCGCAUAUUGUGCGGUUUGAUUACUUUUUAUUUUAUAUUUUCUGAACUAUUAAUAAUUAAAAUAUUAAUAAUUAUGAUAAUCAUCCAAAAAAAAAAAACAAACAAUAAUUUAAACAAAAAUAUUUUAAAUAAAAAUAAAAACAAACAUUUAAAAAUCUCUUUUUUAUGUCUUUCGGCUAAAAUUUUUGUUGUCCGAUCACUGGAAGAUCACAUCACGUCGUAGAAAUAUGAAUUUUUUUUAUACGACGAGCGUUAACAAAAUUCGAAGAGCUGCGUACAAAAUGGAUGCAACAAUAAGUGUGUAUGUAAGUUUAAUUUUGGCGCCUUGAAAGUUUAGAACUAAAAUCUACCUCAAAAAAUAACUAGACACGGACUCAAAAAGAAUCGUGAUACUCAGUGACUGAUUGCUGGAGUUUGAUAACCUAUCUCUCAACAGUCAAAAGAUCGUCGCGGCGAUGUCAAAAAUGGAGUAAAAAUUGCGGUAGCAUCCUAACUCCGAAUUUUGACUAUUUGAGAUAAAAUAUUUAUAUCGUUUACGAAUCGCCUUAAUAUUUUCUUUUGUUUACAAGUCCAAGAGGCUUCGAUUCAGAAGUAUUUAUAUUUUCUUAAGACCCGCGAUAGAAAAAGUAGGUAGCAUCAUAUGAAGGAGCCUGUCUCUUAAUUCUAACUGUCUAGUGUCCCCAAUCUUGACUUUAUCUUGGAAAUAAUUAUAUAUGGAACGACUUGUUGGAAGUAGCUAUUUUUUUAAAAUUAUUUGUUCGUCAAGAUUAUCACCAUACAAGUCGCUGCGACAUCAGAAGUAACGUAAAAAGUUGUGAUAGCGACCUAUAUUCGAGAUUACAACGAGAUUAUGUUUGAAUAGUCUCGAUCUUCUUUUUUGCUUACAAAUGAAAAUAUUUUAUCCAUGAGAUACAGUCUUUUAUGGUCGGGGCUGCUUAUUAUGAUUGUCAGGACUGUCGUGAUGACAUCAAAAGUGGCGAAGAGCGAAGUACGCAGGUCGUUGCAUUGAAUAGGCGACAAAGUUGUAGCAGAGAGUUCUUUUGCAUCAAUUGUUUCGUGCUGAGACCUUUAUUGAAAUUGGUCUUGUUAAUAUACAAAUGAAAUUUACAAAAUUUAAAACAUCUUCCAAAAAAUGCUGUUUUGUUUCUUGUAGCUUUCGCCAAACUGAACCGACUUGAAACAUACGGAAGAACACUCUCCAUUAAAUUAUUUUUCAAACAAAAAAAAAUUUUUAAUCGGUUCAUCCAUUUAGGAGCUACGAAGACACAUACACACACACACACACACUGACACACAGCGAUCAAAUUUAUAACAUCCCACUUUUUGCGUCGAGGAUUAAAAAGAGUUUGGAUAAUUUCUUCAACUUACAACCAAAACUACUGGAGUUAGUAAAACAAAAUUACGUCAAAUUAGUUUUUUUUUUUUGUAAUCGAUUCUUUAGGAUGAAAAAGAAUGGAUGAAGGAGGGGAGCGAAUCUUCUGUUGUAGGGUUUAUUAUGGGAAAUAUUUUUUCCACUCAAAAUUGAAUUUACAUAGACUCUUCAUAGUUUACUCCCUUUUUCACGUAUCCGAAAAGUACUCAGCUCUUCGAAAAUUUCUAUAAUUAAUUGUAGGUAGUUGUAUUAAUAAAAAUAUAAUU